CUGCUAUCUAUCGGUAUCACAACCACAACCUCAAUCCCGCAUACCAAGAAAAUUACUAGACAAAGCUAAUUUAUAUUCCUUCAUCAAGACCUAGCAAGCCCACCUAUUCGGUAAGGCAAAAUGACCUCCCUCCGCCCCUUCCACGCAACAGACGUCUUCAAAUUCAACCCCACCAACCUCGACCCCCUCACCGAGACCUACGACCUAAACUUCUACUUCUCCUACCUCGCCCGCUGGCCCUCGCUCUUCAACCUCGCCACCUCCCCCAGUGGCACCAUCUCCGCCUACAUAAUGGGCAAACUCGAAUCCUCGCCCUCCUACUACAUAACCUCUGCGCACUACCUUCCCUUCCACGCGCACAUCACCGCCCUCACCGUCGCGCCCCACGCCCGGCGGCUGGGGCUCGCUCGAGUUCUAAGCCAGGGACUGGAGGAGAAGGGCGAGGAGUAUGAUGCGUGGUUCGUGGAUCUUUUUGUGCGGAAGAGUAAUCGGAUUGCGCAGGCGUUGUAUAAGGGGAUGGGGUAUAGCGUGUUUAGGGUGGUGAAGGGGUAUUAUAGUGAUGAUCCGAAUGAUGAGAGUGCGGAUGGGGAGGAUGCGUGGGAUAUGAGGAAGCCGUUGAGGAGGGAUGUGGAGCGGAAGCAUGUGAGGAGUGAUGGGGAGAAGUGGGAGGUUAUGCCGGAGGAUGUGUGGUGAACGGGAGAGAGGGAUGUGUGAGUUAGUUGAAGAGACUAUGUGUAUCACUGAGCUUCGUGGAAGAGAGACUUAGAAGUGGGUUCGAGUUGGUACGUAGAAGCUGGUAGCUGAGGGACUCGCAAAGACAGAAGCUCUCGACAAGCUAGUUCAAGACUAAUCAGAGAAGACCAGCUUAAGGAUAAAGCGGUAGAUUAGCUCAGUCGUGUAUCAGUGGAACAUAGGCAGAAGACGCAGAGAAGCCAGUUCAAUGCUUUGCUAUUCAUUCUACUUGGAGGAUAGACCGAGGCGGAACGACCUGAGUCAGUCAGGGGUACAAGAAGCGCAGAGAGUCACCAACUUAGGGGUACAACGAAAGCUGCUGGAAGGAUCCCAAUUGAUGUCCAUAGACAGCUGAAAAAUACAAACUUAGUUCUUCAA